AUGGUUGAGAAGUCGGACAAUAAAGACCACGCCAAGCCGUUGGCCAAGCCCAAGAGGACCAGGGCAUACGCUCCCAAGGUUCGCACUGGCUGUAUAACCUGGUACGCCCCAAUCAUAUCUCUACCCAAGCUGCAGGAGCGUAAAAUGGAAGAACAGCAGCCAAUUAGGGCGCGAGCAGCGCAUCGCAACACUGCUAACAGUUUGACAGCAAGUGGCUGGAAAUGCGACGGCUACGCUCCGGUUACAAAGCGCAACUUCAACAAAAGCACCUUUACGAGCGACGAGGACAAUAGCAGCACAGAGGAUGCCGUGGUAAAUUCGACUACUCAAGGAGCUAUAGUGAAGAUAUUUUCAUCUCAGGCUCGCACGGCAAGAUCACAAUCGGUCGCACAGCUCUUACCACGCCCAACAAGUAUUGAUACCCUGGAAGCACUCCUUGAGAGGCGCUUCCUGAGCCACUUUUUCAAGUUCACACUCAAUAGCAUCAGCUCAUCUUAUGAUACCGGGAACUUUUGGCUGUGGACGCUCCCUAAUCUGAUCCAGGAUCAACAACUAAUCCGCCACUCUAUCACCGCACUUGGUGCUGCGCACUGGAUGUUUCAAAGCGAUGGCCUCAUCUCGUCAAACCAGAUGACCCAUUACAAUGCCUUUAUCCAUAAGCAAUACAACAUGGCCAUCUCUCAUCUAAUCCCCAUCAUGUCCAAUAACCAAUCGGAGAACAUAGAAUUAGUCCUCGUCUCUUGCCUGUUGUUCAUCUAUCUUGAGACUCUGCGGGGCAAUCACUCAGAAGCUCUUCGACACUUAAUUUCGGGUCAAAAGUUGUUGAAGAAUCUCAGCCAUCAAGGCUCCAAGUCGUCCGUGGAAGCGACCGGAGUACUUUCCAAAAUUGCCACCUUGUUUCGAGCACUCGGGAGCAUUGUCAACGCGUUUGGCGAAAACAAGAUACUGUCAGAUCUCACAGUAUAUGCCAAGCCAAUGCGGGGGCCUGACGAUCCCAACCAGCCGUACGACAGCUUAGUAAAAGCAAUGGACGACUUGACUUUGCUUGAAUUGGAACUAUCAGAUAUUCAAUGUCCAGAGGAGGAAGCCAUCAGCAAAAACCCUGAGAAGGAGGAGGAGAGAGACAGGCAACAGCAAGUGUACGACGCCGUGAUUAAACGAUUCCUAGUUUGGGAAAAACGAUUUACAGAAACAGUGAAAGUCAUGUCACCUUCUGAUAACUAUGAUUUCCUCAAUUUGAAGGUGCAACAAGCGAUGUGGCAGCUUGUGCUAGAAGAGGAGGUUGAUGAAGACUUUGAGCUACCGGCGGAGCAGUGCUGGCCGCUGCUGGACAUGAUCGAGAAGAUGUUGAUAAUGACACCUUCAACACAACGAACUUUCGCCCUCAGGGCGGAUUUGAUCCCACCACUGAUAGGAAUUUAUGGCGUAUGCAAGGAUUUUUCGGUGAGGAGACGUGCGAUUACGCUGCUUCGGUUACGCAGACGAAAGGAGCUCGUGUGGGACGGUGAGGAAGCGGCUGAUUUCCUGGAGAACGAUUUGAAGAUGUGCAUGGUAGGAUUGAAAACCCCUUCAUGGCCAGACAUCGGGCCGCUGGCCAACAAGAACGCACUACUGUGUUAUGAAGUUGAUGGCAAUUGA